AUGUGCUCGACAGCGUCCGUCUCCGCGACAUCGAGCUCCCCCUCCCCCUGCGCCCCAGAAGCCUGGCACCGCCAGGGAAAAUCACAACCCUGCACCGCAACGCUCAAGCUCUCCUACUCCUCAAUAAUCACAGCCGCAGAAACCGACAACGUCUCCCUAACCCUCGACUACGGCAAGCUCUUCCGCCGACUAGAAAGCGACGUGCGCAACAUGGGCGAGAACACCUCGUCCGCAUCGCACCCGUCGCAGCGAUUGAUCAGUCUGGAGGGGACGCGCCGUGAGGACAUGCACAGCCGCGGCCUAGGCCAGGAUCUGCGCGUGGUCGCGGGCGUUGUCGCGGACGCCGGACUGGGUCUGUUGGAGACGACGUCGGCUGCUACGGCGGAGAAGCAGCCGAACCCUAUCUCGGCGGCGUAUGGGGAGUGCGAGGUGCUGCUGCAUUUGCCUAAGGCUUUGUUGCGCGCGGAUGAGGGGCUCCGGUAUCGGGGGGUUAUUGCGCUCGGGAAGGAGGGUGCUGGUGGGGAGGCGCGCGAUUUGGUGGUUCUCGAGGAGGAGUUCCGCAUUGAGGGUAUUAGGUGCUAUGCUAUCCUCGGUGUGAAUCCUCAUGAGAGGCUGGAGAAACAGGCUGUGGUUGUUGGUCUUACGUUCCAGGGUCCUGGGCAGCUUGCUUGGGGGUCGGCUGUUGUUGAUACUUACCAGGCUGUGACGCGGGCUGUGGCUGAGAAGGUUGAUCAGACUGAUUUCCAGUCUGUGGAGUCUUUGGCUACUUUCGUUGCUCGCAUUGUGACUGUCGACUUUGGCAAUGAGCGUGUGACGGUCAAGGUGGAAAAGCCAAGUGCUCUUGCUUUUGUCCAGCGGUCUGGUGUGGAGAUUACUCGCUCGAAGGAUUUCUUCAAUAGCCGCUAA